UCUAUCUAUCUAUCUACACCUGCUGGUCUGUCAGUCAGGAUAUUUCAGAUUGUACUUGAACGCACCAGCAUGUGUACUGUCGCCAUGGAAACGUGAAUCUGCUGCUCUGAAGGAAGAGGCUAACUGCUAACAGCUAACUGCUGAAUGUUAUUCUGUCGUCAGUGUUCACAAUGGAGACCCCCAAAGAUGCCUCAGAAGCAGUCUUUAUUAAAAUCACUACAACCUGUGGAAAAAACCUGCAAGGGAAAAAGGUGGACAGCUUCCAGAGCUUUCUGCAGGUUGAAGUGGACAACGUUCUGCUGGGAGAGUCAGAGAACAAGCAGUACGACCCUGAGGAGCAGCGUGUCGACUACAACCUCACCUGCAACUAUCCCUGUGUCCGUGACGUGCAGGCUCUCAGUGACAUGGCCAACAAGCCAAUCAUAUUGACAGUGAGUGAGUUCCAGCCCAAGGAGAAGAAAGUUGAGGCAAAGAUGGUGGUGCUGGGCCAGGCUGUGGUCGACCUGAUGCCGCUGCUGCAGGGUGAGUGCAGCUUCUCAGCCACUGUCCCAUUGCAUCCAGUGACCAGCCCCUCAACCAAGGAGUCCAAGGUUGGACUGCCCUUUUAGCAGUCGACCCUGGACGUGAGUGUCAGUGUGUCGGCUCCACUUCUGUCUGAGGUUGAACUGUCGACCUCCAACCUGCUGAAGGUCACCAUAGAGACAGCCUACGCCGUCCCUGAGUCCUGGACGCUGCUGUCCAAUGCCGCCCCAACUCCCUUCACAUUCACUGCUGCCCUGGAGGUCCCAGUAAUGGCUAAGAAAGAUCAGGCCCUGGUGUUUUGUGAUGGGCAGCUGAAGCCAGGGGGGCAGAGGGAGGUGAACGGCAGACAGAAGAAGAGGUCCAAUCAGGCCUUACUGGUCCAAGGAAACCACUUCAUGCCUGGAGUUUAUCUCCAAGAAGAGCCCAUCGAGCAGGAGGACGGCGAGCUGAAUGGAUUAGAGGACCAGGAGUUUCGUAACGUGGCAGAGACCACGAAGAGCAGGGUGAGCUGGGACACAGAGAUGUGCUGCCUCCUGAAUGCAAAAGGAGCUGCCAGGCUACGACAGAAGAUCACUGAGAGCAGACUGUGGCCAGUGGAGAUCAUGAGGUCGGUGGCUCCUCAAGGAAAAGCAGGAAGCAAGCAGUCGGCUGAGGAGACGUCAGAGAUCCUCUCCCACUGUGUGGCAUUUGUGGAUAUGGGGCAGCUGCUGUAUCCCGGUAUCAGACGCAUCCGAGGAGCGUACAGUGUCCGUGCCUUCUCCGAGGCCGAGUUGCUGAAAAAGGCCAAGAGGAAUGUCAGUGUGUUAAAGGAACUGGAGAAGGCUGCAUCCAAACAGAUGAAAGCUCGCACCAGCUCAGCUGUAAGCUCGAACAAGGGAAAGGCAGGGAAGAAUAUGGAUGGAGGACAGAAGGCAGUCAAGGAUUCAAAGGAUCCAGCCAAAAAGCAACCUGCCAAUCAGGGCAAGACUGCUCCAGCCGAGAACGACAGCCCGACCGAGACGGAGCCGAACGUCAACACAGACCAAAAUACGUAUUCUGAAUCCAGAACCUACCUGAUCAUUGAGAUUUCCUUGGAGAAACCACUGGUGCCCGUUACCUCUCCAGAGGAACUGUCCAGAAGGGUGAAGGCAUUGAUCCCACCCAGAGCUCUUCCUCUAGAUGGUCCUCGCAGAGCAGCAGAGGCUGUGGGGGAGUUCCACAGGCAGGUAGGCAGCGUGGUGGCCCAAGUUUCAGACCAGUAUCGGGAAUUAUUUGGAGCAACAUGCAAGCCGUCAGAAGACAUCAGCCCGGAGCAAGUGGCAGUUCAGCUGAUGGGAGCGCUCAAUGUCUCUGGGAGAUACUUCGCCUUCAAGGAGGAGAUGAAGCAUGCAGUGGUGAGGCUUGUACGUGACAAAAUGCGGAAGACAGAUCCAAUCACUGACACUCAGGAUCUAAAGGCUUUCGUUAGUAAGCUCUACGUCUAUCUGGUGGAUGAGAUGCACAUCGCCCUCAACAAGAUUUAUUCAGAAGAUGUUGAUGCGGAUUCCACGGAUGAAUUCCAGUUGAGUUCUUCUCAGCUCAGACAUUUUGCAAAGGAAGCUCAAGUGACGGGGGAUUAUGAUCAGGCUGCUCAUUACUGCCACGAGCUCGUGGUGAGAAACCCCAAUGAGCCCUCCCACAGAUUUGAGUGGGGGGGUCUCUGCAUGCUGAUUGGAGACCACAUGAAGGCUAAAGAGUGUUUCCAUGAUGCGGUAUCCAUCCAGCAGACACAUCAGCCCAGCCUUAUGAUGUGUGGCGUGUUGUCAGCAAAGUCUGAACGUUACAUCGAUGCUCGGACCUUCCUGGAGCUGGCGACGGACAAAGGCCCUCCCAGUGUGGUGGCCUGGACGCUGCUGGGCUUCCUCCAUGAGUGGCAGAAUGAACCCAUCCUGGCUCAGAGGGCUUUUCUGGAGGCCAAAAAGCAGCUGAUUGCAGUCAUGGCAAAGAAGCAACCACAAGCAGGGGAGUUGAAAAAGAAACGCAGAGGCCUGAAAACCAAGCAGGUGGGGGAAGUGGACACAGCCACUCCUGUGUGUCAGUCUCCUGAUGUAAAUCAAGAUCCAGAGUUCGUUCACCAGAACUCAGAGAGGCACAAAGAGUCUUCAGCAAAAAGUGUCAGCAACAGUUCUGCUCCAGAACGUCCCACCACCAUUUACAUAGAGGCUGUCAAGUUCCUGCUGCAGAACAAUGCACUGCAGAUGGCGGGGCACGCUCUGUCCCAGGAGCUCCUGUGUUCAGACGGAGGUCAGAGCGUCUCCUACCUCUUUCAUCUGGCCCAGCUGCAGCUGCUCAAAGCUGAGUACCGCAGUGCUGCUGCCACCCUCAAGAAGGCACUGUUUCAAAGAGAUCAGGAUGCAGACAUAUGGGCUCUGAACGGUCACUGCCACUUCUUGCGAGGGGCCUUCAGUGGCGCCCAGGAGAGCUACGAGCGGAGCCUGCACUUACCGCAGCAGCCGUCUGACUCUCACCCUGUUCUCCUCCGCUCGGGAUCCAUCUACCUCCGGAAUAAGAUGUUUGAAAAAGCCAAAGGGGUCUACCUGCGGGCUUGUGAACAGUCGCCCUCCUGCCUGACGUGGCUGGGACUGGGCACCGCCUUUUACCGGUUGGACAAUCUGUCUCUAGCCGAGGAGGCUCUGACCGAGGCCAACCAUUUAAACAACCAGAAUGCAGAGGUGUGGGCCUACCUGUCUCUUAUUUGCCUCAGGACCGGCAGACAAGAGGAAGCGGAGCAGUUCUAUAAGUUUGCAGUGAGGUUUAAACUGCAGAAGAAGUCUCUCCUCACAGAGUUCAAUGAGCUGAAGAAUCAGCUCCGCCUCAGUCGCCUGGUGUUACAGUCAUAACUGUCCCCUGUCCCUGUUAGAGUGUCUGAGUCCCCAGAUGCUCCUCCUCUUUUUGUUAUCUUUGUUUCUUUGUUUGAAAUAGAACCCUGUUUCUUGCCUUUUCUGUUAGUUCAUGUUACCUGCAUUGUCCGUUACAAUCCUACAACCAAGUUCAUGCUCUGGAGCAAACUCUGCCACAGGGUGUUAAUGAUUUAACUGACAUGUACACCGUUUGUAUUUAACACUUUAUUUUGCAAAUGAAACACACAUUCACGUAAUUUAUCACGUUUUCCAGACAGUGUAAAUCAACGACUAAGCCAAAGCCUCAAUAGUUCAAGUUCAAUAUUGACAGUGCAAACAAACUCAAAGCUCCACACAAACAAUCUCAAAUACAUAUAAAUAAAAUGCAGAAUAGUCUUUUAAAAAAUUCAUAGCAUUAUAAAAAGAAACGAACAAAGGGCAUGUGGUGACAGAAUACCGACAGAAUUCAAACAAAUGUAACGGGAGAAACCUUUUCAUUCACCUUUAUCAUCAAACAGCAAAGAAACAAGACUCUCGAGACGUUCUGGCCUUAAUGUUCUAAAAAAUAAAUCCUGCCAGAUUUUGGCACCUGCGCUUUCAAGAAAUGCAUUUUAGACCAGAAUACUUUUAAUAUUUUCCAAAAUGUAACUGUGACUGCAAAUGUAUCAACAAUACAUUCUCUCUACCUUUAAAAACAAAUGUGUUGAGAUGGUCACUUUUGCCCUUAUAUGUUUCUAAAUAAAAGAAAUCUUUCCACA